AAAAGUGGAGCGUGAAUUGCGGAAAAUGUGCCACAAGCGCGAGGCAACACGAGGCUUCACCAAUGCCCGUGUGCCAUUAAGGGAAACCUAGGUCCCUGCCGGGGUUUAAACAGAUGCAACCCCGCCUUGAUUUUUUUCCACAGUUCUUCACAGUCUCCUGCCUCCGUCAGAGCCGUGAGUAAAGCUCCGGUACGCACCAGGAGGAAACCGCACACUUCCACUCUUACCUGAAUUUCCUCUGACGCGCAGAAAAACUGGAGGAGGAUCGUUCCUCGAGCUUAUCAGUUAACAACCGUCUAUCUGCUGCUGCUGCCUCGCACCCGAGCCGCGCUGCACUCACUCGGUUAAUUUAUGCAGAGUAGGCUUUAACAAAGUGCAGAGCCAAUGACGGAUACAGUGGGAGCGCACGGCGGAUGCUCUUGGACUUAACAGCCGGUGCCUGCAAAAACAAAGAUCCAGUCAAACUUAUGGCGUGAAGGGCCCAUUCUUGGCCUUCGUCGUUCACAGCUAAUGGAUGUCUUUACCCAGUAUGCCUACAAUGACAGUUUCUAUGACAAUGGGACAUGGCGCUUCAACGAAACAGAUCAAGAGCACAAGCACCCAUACAACUACUAUGCCAUGCUGCUUACUCUGCUCAUCUUCGUCAUCGUCUUCGGCAAUGUGCUGGUGUGCAUUGCUGUGUCGAGGGAGAAGGCUCUGCAGACCACCACCAACUACCUGAUUGUCAGCCUGGCUGUCGCUGACCUUCUGGUGGCCACACUGGUCAUGCCCUGGGUCGUCUACUUGGAGGUAGUGGGAGAGUGGCGCUUUAGCAAGAUCCACUGUGACAUCUUUGUCACUCUAGAUGUGAUGAUGUGUACAGCGAGCAUCCUCAAUCUCUGUGCCAUCAGCAUUGAUCGCUACACAGCAGUUGCAUUGCCAAUGCUGUACAAUACUCGCUACAGUUCCAGGAGACGGGUCACAGUAAUGAUCUCUGUUGUGUGGGUACUGUCUUUCGCCAUAUCAUGCCCCCUGUUGUUUGGCCUGAACAACACAGCUACUCGCGAUGAGUCUCUCUGUGUGAUUGCCAAUCCGGCUUUUGUGGUCUACUCUUCCAUUGUGUCCUUCUAUGUUCCCUUCAUCAUCACCUUGCUGGUUUAUGUGCAAAUUUAUGUGGUCCUGAGGAAGCGCAGAAAACGUGUAAACACAAAACCCAAGCAGCGUAUCUGUCAGGCUGCGGACGCUGAUGUGGCCACAUCGCUGAAGGAUAAGUGCACUCAUCCAGAGGAUGUGAGGUUGUGCACCAUGAUUGUUAAAUCUAAUGGGAGUUUUCCUGUCAACAAGAAGAAAGUGAUUUUCAUCAAGGAUGUAGUCAAUGAGGGGGAAGAUUUGGAGCUGGACGAACUUAACAACAGCGGCAGCAGCAGCCAGAAACAGAAGCAGCAGUCACAGUGUGCUCUUGGAGACAUUCCAGCCACAAGCCAUCAGCUACUGAUGCCCAGUAAGGCUAACACUAGCCCCACCUCCUCACCUCCCACUCCCCCUGAGGAGGCCCAGAAAGCAGAGAAGAAUGGAGACCCCACCAAGGAGGCUCUGAGGGAUCCACCACCUGUUGUGACUAAAGCCUUCCAGACGCAAGCCUUACCUAAUGGCAAAACUCAGACCUCUGUGAAAACUAUGAACAAGAGAAAGAUCUCCCAGCAGAAGGAGAAGAAGGCCACUCAGAUGUUAGCCAUUGUUCUUGGUGUAUUCAUCAUAUGUUGGCUGCCGUUUUUCAUUACACAUAUCUUGAACACCCACUGCACAAAAUGCAAGGUUACUGCUGAGAUGUAUAACGCUUUCACUUGGCUUGGCUACGUGAAUAGUGCUGUAAAUCCCAUCAUAUACACUACCUUCAAUGUUGAGUUCAGAAAGGCGUUCAUUAAGAUCUUGCACUGCUAAACUGCAACAUCACUUGUCUCACAAGACUGAGGGAGGAGCGAUGAAUGAAAACAUCUCUUCUGUCAAAUACCUCAUCCUGCUAAGGAAAAUGCACCACAGGGGGAAGCUGCGAUUUGCUUUUUAAAGAGACAGAACUGAGUGGUCGGAAAAACUGACAGUGUCUUACUUAAUGACAUGUUGGCUCUAAUUGUGAAUUGUUUGUGGACUCCAAAUCACUGAAUGUAAAACAAGAAAUGUGUGUAACAAUGACUUGUUUAAUGGAGAAAAGAAAAAUGUACUAUCGUUCUCUAAAAUUAUUGUGCUUGUCGCGUAAGGAGCCAUCUGUGUAAACCACACACGUACACGUUGCAAACUGCUAUUUAUUGUGUGUAAUUUAUAUUUUGAUGAAUUUUUUGCAAAUCUUAUAGAUAUCAAGUCAGUGUUCAUUGCAGUGUUAAAACUGAGGCGUGAGCUCUGAAUCUUAAAACCUAUCACUGAUUGGAAUAUAUAUUUAAGACAAGAGACAAUUUACUUGCUGUAUGAUGUGGCAAUGCCAAUAUCCACAUAUUUGCAAUUUUAUAAAUUGAAAAAUCAUAUGUUAUUAUUAUCAUCAUUAUUAUCCUUCUUCUUAUUAUCAUUUUGCUGUACAUAGUUUUUCUUAACACAUUAACUGUGAUUAUGCCUGCAAUGGAAAUGUGAUGCAUGCUACACUGCUCCUCUACUUGACUUCUCAUGAAAUGUGUUGAGCAAAAAAUUUUGAAAGAUGUCCAAUAAAUGAAGUUAUGACACACUGUAAAGUGCCA